CUGCGUGUCCUUGAAUUUCACACAAUCCACCCAGCAGCGGUUUUAUCCCGCGGACUCCGGAUCCAGCCCCGCUGGUUCGGCUGGUUCCGCUGGACCCGUCCACUGGAUCCACGCUGCGUGCUGCCGUGACGCUUCCGGUCACCUUUACGCAAACUUGAACUUGGUGAAGCUGCUCGGGGCAGCCGUGCUGCGCACAGCCCCCUCCCUGCGCCGCCUCCUCCUCCUCCUGCUGCUCCCGCAGUACCGCCGGCUGGGCUGGACCGGGACACUUUGACCGAACCUUUACCUGCUUCCCGCUCCGCCGCUCCGGACCGCUGCCCGCCUUCCGCCGGCUGGAGGCUGCGGACGCCGGGGAUGAUGAGGCGGCUGCUGGCGGACCGCCCGCGGUGGAGUUGAAGAGGUUGCGGUGGGAUCACGCAGACGGGGGGGAGGGGGGGGGUUCCCUCGGAUCCCAUCCGGCCAUCUGGAGAGGAGUGCGGGACACAAACCGGUGAGCUGCUCCAUAAGUUACAUCCGCAGAGAGGAUUUCUGCUGCUUCACCUUAAACAUUCACAACACUCCGGAAAAACCAGCGCCUGCAUGAUGUUUCCCUGAUCCGCCUGGCUGGCAGCCAUCAGCCUCCAAUCAAUAACCAAUGAGGAAACCGGAGGAACCCAGAUCCAGUUCUGAUCUUUAAGCAGAAGUUGUUCAGGGAGGCGUCGGCCUCAGACCCGUCCUGCCGUGAGCCGCCAUGCCCAUCAUCAGCAACACCAACCACGACUUCAGCAACCUGUCGGUCAGCGACGACAGCAGCCUGGACCGCAUCUUCACCGAGAUCCCAGAGACCGAGACCAUCAAGGGCGUCCACUACCAGAGGGCGCAGCUGAUCCGCAGGCCGGAGGACCUGGUGUCGGUGGACCACGCCCUGCUGGCUGUGAUCAACGUGGGGGGAAACCGCUACACCUUCCCCUGGACCACGCUGCAGCAGUUCCCCCUCACCAGACUCGGCCGGCUCUGCGGCUGCCGGUCGCUGGAGGACAUCGCCGGCGUGUGCGACGACUACGACGAAACCAGGAAGGAGUUCUUCUUCGACCGCUCUCCGUCCGCCUUCAAGGUCAUCCUCAACUUCCUGGCGGCGGGGAAACUGCGGCUCCUGCGCGAGAUGUGCGUCCUCUCCCUUCACGACGAGCUGAACUACUGGGGGGUGGAGAUGGCGUACAUGGAGCGCUGCUGCAAGAGGAAGAUGUACACGCGCAUCGAGGAGGUUCACGAGAAGGAGAGGCGGGAGGAGGAGCGGCGGCAGCGGAACGCCAUGCAGCGCCUCCCGGUGGAGGAAACCAGGUACAGGAAGGUGAUGAACUGGCUGAGGGACAUGGUGGAGAAUCCCCAGUCCGGCCUGCCGGGGAAGAUCUUCGCCUGCCUGUCCGUCGUCAUGGUGGCCGUCACCGUGGUGAGCCUGUGCAUCAGCACCAUGCCGGACCUGAGGGAGGAGGAGGACCGGGGCGAAUGUUCCUCCAAAUGCUACAACAUGUUCAUCAUCGAGACGGUGUGCGUGGCCUGGUUCUCCCUGGAGUUCGUCCUGCGCUUCGUCCAGGCCCGCAGCAAGCUGGACUUCCUGCGCGGGCCGCUCAACAUCAUCGACGCCAUGGCCAUCCUGCCCUACUACGUUUCCCUGGUGGUGAGCGAGGAGGACCAGAACCGGGAGACGGACCGGCCCGGCGGAGGUAAGGGCUACCUGGACAAGCUGGGGCUGGUGCUGCGGAUCCUGCGGGCGCUGCGGAUCCUGUACGUGAUGCGGCUGGCGCGCCACUCGCUCGGCCUGCAGGUUCUGGGCCUGACGGUGCGCCGCAGCACGCGGGAGUUCGGCCUGCUGCUGCUCUUCCUCUGCGUCGCCGUCACGCUCUUCUCCCCGCUGGUCCACCUGGCCGAGAGCGAGCUCACCGGCCCGCACGACUUCAGCAGCAUCCCCGCCUCCUACUGGUGGGCCAUCAUCUCCAUGACAACGGUGGGGUACGGCGACAUGGUGCCGCGCUCCAUUCCCGGCCAGGUGGUGGCGCUGAGCAGCAUCCUGAGCGGGAUUCUCAUCAUGGCGUUCCCCGCCACCUCCAUCUUCCACAUGUUCUCACGCUCCUACCAGGAGCUGAAGAUGGAGCACGACCGGCUGUUCAAGGAGGAGGUGGCAGCUGCCGCGGCCGCCGCCGCCACUGGGGGUGCUGCGGAGCCGCAGGGAGAGGAGCAGGCGGCGGGGUCGCCCCCUGCUGGGCCUCCGGACCAAACCAAGGAGCUCUGCAUGGAGGCGCUGCUCCAGGAAGCCAACAACCACAGUCUUCCAGCUGCGGCUUUCUGAAGGUUCUUCAUAAAACUUUAAAGCUGCAGUUUGCAACUUUAAUAAAAAAAUAUGUAUAUGGCUUUGAUAUAUUUGAUAAAACU